AUGGGCAAUUGUGGGUCUCGGGAAAAAUUACUGUUGCCUGCUAGCAAAUGUGAAUCGAACGAGGAAUUGGAAGGGAAAUUAGUGGUCAAACACACAAUUACACCGGAUCUUUGCGAUGCCUUUUUGUAUAUCCCACAAACAAUAUUCCACGAAAUAAAACAAGUCAAUAGCAUCCACCAUAAGCCCCCCUUGCACAUAUCUGAAUACUUUAAUUUUACUUUGGUAUGGCCUCCAUUGUGUUGGCCGCAUUCGCAAAUUUUAACCCGUGACAUAUGGACCUCUAGACUUAUAAAUUUGCACGAUUUAUCUACAAAAUACACAAUAAGUACCACCAGUAUAGGAGUCGGAGUCUGUGGCUCAGUUAGGCAGGUGGUAAAUCGCAUUACACAAAAAAUAUAUGCCCUCAAGAGUUUCCAAACGAAAGAUGCACCCCGCAAGAAGUUGACAAACAUAUACAAUGAGGCAGCCAUUCAUGGUCAAUUGGAUCAUCCACAUAUAGUCCUGUUAAGAGAGAUUUAUGAUAAUAAAGAUGGACUACAUUUGAUUGUAGAGUAUUGCUAUGGUAAGGAAUUAUAUCGCCGUCUCGACUCCUAUAAGCGGUUUAACGAGAGUUAUGCUAAGAAACUCACGACACAAAUAUUACUUGCUUUAAACUAUCUCCAUAGUAACGGUAUAUGUCAUAGAGAUCUUAAACUUGAAAAUUGUGUUUUAUCUACGCUACAAGUUGAUUCAAAUUUGAAACUUAUUGACUUUGGGUUUGCAAGGCUGUUUAAAAAAGGUCUACCCAUGUCUGCAAUGCAUGGAACUGUAUAUUACGUGUCUCCAGAAGUUAUAGAUGGUUGUUACAAUGAAGCUUGUGAUAUUUGGAGUCUUGGUGUAAUUGUUUACAUGAUGUUAUCUGGUAAACCACCUUUUAAUGGAUCUUCUGAUAAAGAAAUAUUACUUAGGAUUAAAAGGGAAAAGAUUCAAUUCACAGGAGCCAGAUGGUCUGGAAUAUCAAAUUUGGCCAUAGAUUUUAUCAAACAAUUACUUAACCGAGAUGAAACGUCCAGGGCUAGUGCUAAAGAUGCAUUAAAACAUUCUUGGCUUGCUGAAUGUAUUUACGAAAUGGAAUCGCACAAAAUACCUAAGGGAAUUCUUGAACACCUAGUUAACUUUUCAAAGUCUUCCCCAUUUUACAGGGUUAUAUGCUCUCUGCAUUCAUUAGAGAUUGAUAGAAGCUUGAUUUAUGAUAUUCAACUUGCCUUUUUCAAAUUCAAUUCAUCCUUUUCUGGCACAAUCAGUUUGCAGGAGUUCCAAUCUAUUAUGUGUCCUGAAUUAGGAUUAACUGCACUUGAAGCAGAGCAGGUGUUUAAGAAACUUUUAUUCCGUGGAAAGCCUGAACUCCACUUUUCAGAAUUUAUAGCUGCAACAAUUGAAUAUAAAUCAAAACUUGAUUACACCAAUACUUCAUUUUUGUAUAAGAAAUUGGAUGUCCAAAACCAAGGUUACCUAGAUUUGCGUAGCUUUUUAUUGGUUUUGGGAGAUAAAUUCAAUGAUACUUCAACUGUAGACAUUUUUAAGCAAGCUGAUAUCAAUAAAGAUGGGAUACUGGAUUUCACAGAAUUUUACAAGGCUAUCACCGCUUAA